UCAUCACAAAACCACUGCUCCACCUCUCACGGACAAUCUCAGAUGCAUUCGAGCGUGAAUAGCCACCAUGGCACCUUACCCAAACCCACUUUCAGAGAACAAGAGUCUUAUGAACCGGUCGAGGCGCCUCCUCGCCCUUCGGCGUACUACCGCUACAUUGAGAAGUCCGGUGAAGAGAUGGAAAUGGAUGCGGAGUAUGACAUGGACGAGGAGGACAUGGCCUGGCUGGAGCUGGUGAACGAAAGACGAGCGUCGGAAGGCCAUCCGCAAGUGUCACCCGACACUUUCGAACUCCUACUAGAUCGUCUAGAAACAGAGUCGUUCUUAGAGUUGCGAAGCCAAGCGCCCUCACAGAGCAUCAUCGACGAAGACGCCUUCUGUUGCGUCUGCCUCGACGACGAAUGUCUCAACAGUAACGUCAUCCUGUUUUGUGACAUCUGCAACCUGGCUGUGCACCAGGAGUGUUACGGCGUUCCCUACAUCCCUGAGGGCCAGUGGCUCUGCCGCUGUUGCCUGCAGUCGCCCUCUCGCCCCGUGGACUGCGUGCUUUGCCCAAAUCGGGGCGGAGCAUUUAAACAGACCAGCAACGGGCGAUGGGCGCACGUGGUCUGCGCUAUUUGGAUCCCGGAGGUGUGUUUCGCCAACACGGUCUUCCUUGAGCCCAUCGAUGGCGUGGACAACAUUCCACCAGCUAGGUGGAAGCUAACGUGUUACCUGUGUAAGCAGAAAGGUUGCGGAGCGUCCAUUCAGUGCCACAAGGCCAAUUGUUACACGGCUUUCCAUGUAACCUGUGCACAGAGAGCGGGACUCUUUAUGAAAAUAGAGCCGGUCAGAGAGACUACUAUGAAUGGGACUACGUUUUCGGUGAAAAAGACUGCGUUUUGUGAGGUGCACUCUCCGCCUGCGAAGGACAGGUCAGAUGAUGAAGAGACCGGGGGGAGGGUUUUGGGGUGUCGGGCUAACAGGGGUCGCAGUGCCUACACGCAAACGCCACAGCUUAAGAAGCAGAAACGAAGCAAUAAACUGGAUUCUAAGCAGCAGCAGAAGAAAGGAAAGAAAGAAGAGGUGUCAAAAGUCACAACGCCUUUGGUCACUGUCCCAGAAAUACCUACUCACAGAUUGAACAAAAUUUCUAAAGAUGUGAUCAUACAGAAGAAGAAUCAGUUCAUGCAGAGACUUCACAACUAUUGGUUGCUUAAGCGUCAGUCACGCAACGGAGUGCCUCUCAUUCGUCGUUUGCAUUCACAUCUGCAGGGUCAGAGGAGUGCAGAACAGGUGGAGCCAGAUGAAAAGCUGAAUGCUGUGAGAGAAGAGCUGAAAUACUGGCAAAAGCUUCGUCACGAUCUGGAGCGAGCGCGACUCCUGAUCGAGCUCAUUCGCAAGAGAGAGAAACUAAAGAGAGAGCAGGUAAAGAUUCGCCAGGCUGUGACUGAGCAUCAGUUAACUCCGGUCCUGGUACUGCUGCGAUCCACUUUAGAACAGCUUCAGGAGAAAGAUACUGCAAAAAUAUUUGCACAGCCUGUCGAUUUGAAAGAGGUCCCAGAUUACCUGGAGUUUAUCACGCAGCCCAUGGACUUCUCCACCAUAAAAUCCAAAUUGGAGGCUCACAAAUAUCGCUCCGUCACUGACCUUGAAGCUGAUUUCAACCUCAUGAUCAAUAACUGCCUGCUUUAUAAUUCUAAAGACACUGUGUUUUACCAAGCUGCAAUACACCUGAGGGACCUAGGGGGCGCUAUCCUGAGGCAUGCUCAGAGACAAGCCCAAAACACAGGCUUCGACCUGGACACGGGCAUGCACCUGGCAGAAUCGCCACAUAAAAAUGACUACUACCGCUGCACUUUGGAAGAUGUCGACACGCUGCUAGACCCUGAUAAUCGAUUGCACAUGACGACGGAAAACCAGUUGAGGGAGCUGCUAGAUAAAUUAGACGUGGUGACGUCCAUGCGCUCGAGUGGUGCACGCACACGCCGUAUACGCCUGCUCCGGCGAGAAAUCAACAGCAUCCGCUAUAAGCAGCAGUCGCGGAACUCACACAUGCUCAAUGGAGACCUCAAAGAGGAAGACGAGGAGGAGGAUGAAGACAAGGAGAGGGAUGGUGAACAUAACCUGUUGUCAUCGUCAUCGUCAGAUAAAGAUGACUGUAAAUCAACCCCCCCACCCAUGCUGGAACCCACAGGCCUGGCUUUGUCCCCUCCCCCAGCAGACACCCACCAAGAACCGCCAACCCUCCGACCCAUGACAUCUGACCCCAGGACGUCCCCAUGCCCACCUAAGCGCCUCAAACUUGACAGCGAGAGCCAAGAGGCCAAUUCAGACGCUGCACCUGUGAACAGCUGCACCAAACCUGAGGACCGCCCACCCGAGAACAAACUGAUCAACGGCCUCUCCUCCACAGAGUCACCGACCCGGCCUGCCACAGGAGGGGUCGGCCGGCGGACGUCCGUCCUUUUCAAAAAAGCAAAAAAUGGAGCAAAGCUCCAGCGUGAGAGAGACAAUCAGAUGCAGAACGGAAGCAGGGAGGAGGCCGUCAGUGCUGACCCAGACCCUGCACGCACACCCAACUGCACCGCCACCCUCAAGACUGAAACUUCAGCCCAGCCAAAACCUUCAACACCUCCGCCCAUAUCAACCCCGGCCAAACAGAGAGCAAGAAGCCGCAGCUGUAGUCCAGAGCACGAGAGAACGCCCCCUCAACUCACUCUAGAGCCUGCUCUCACCAACGGAUUCAGAAAGCACAAAGAUGGCGGCUCUGACUCAGAAUGCAGCUCAUCUCCGACUCUCAGAGAACUUGUCUCACCCCCUAAAAAGAGCCGAGGGAAACCUGCAUUGUCCAAAGUCCCUUUUUUAGAAACUGUUAACGGAGACUCUGACUACACUGGGACUGAUGUUCUGUCAAACGGUGAUGCGCCUGAACCUGAAGCUCUGGAUUUGGUGUGGGCCAAAAGCAGAGGAUAUCCAUCCUACCCUGCUCUGAUCAUAGAUCCAGACAUGCCUCAGGAGGGUCUUCUGCAUAAUGGAGUUCCCAUCCCUGUGCCUCCGCUUGACGUGCUGCACCUUGGUGAGCAGAGACAAGAAGAAGCCGGCGAGAAACUCUUCCUGGUUCUCUUCUUCGACAACAAACGCACCUGGCAGUGGCUGCCACGAGAUAAAGUGAUCCCCCUUGGCGUUGACGACACGGCCGAUAAACUGCGUUUGAUGGAGGGCAAGAAGACCAGUAUCCGGAAGUCUGUGCAGGUGGCCUACGACCGAGCUAUGAUCCACUUGAGCCGAGUUCGAGGAGAUCAUGGUUUUGUCGGCUCCAACUACAUGUAGAACAGAAACGCCAACGGCAUCUGUCCUAACGUACCACUCACAUGGGCUUUCUAAGGUGGUCUGAGAGCCAUUUGGUUAGUGCACCAGGUAUUAGACUCCUGAUCAUUCAGUUCAGUUUAGUUUAUCCAUGUGUUCAUGACGCAACCCUCUCAGUCAUUUCAGAUUCAGAACUGGAAAGUACAGUGGCUUCUACCAAUAAUUAGUUUUUAUGAGGUGUCACUUUAUGGUGAUGGCGAGUCUAAACCACAUAGACUCAGAGUUUUAGCAUUUGGGUACAUUCAGAGCAAUUCAUUUCUGAAAUAUGUAUUUUAAAUGAAUGAACUUAAAGAAUAUAAACGUUUGAAUGGAUCACUGCCAUUUUCUUAAGAUAGCUUUUUACUUUUUAAAGUUUUACAAACCACUUGUAUAUUGUAAAGACACUUGUGUAUAUAAGUAUGUUUUUUUUUUUUUAUCAUAUAGUAUCUAAUUUAAUUUUUUUUCUUCUCUGGUUUAUUGUGAAAUAAAUUGCCUGGAGGAAUGAAGAAAUGAAGGGUUGUGUAUAUACGUGUAAAAAGAUUUUCAGAUGAACUGACUUCCUACAUAGUUUAUCUUGCUCGUCUUUGAUAGCGGAUGAUGUGAGUGUUCAUAUAUAUAUAUACAUUAACGGCAUACGAUCGUGUAUGUAUAUGUAUAUGUACAUGUACCGACUCACGGUUGUCUAUGGUUAAAUAUAUAUUCUCAUUUUUGAUACAAAAAAGUAAUUUAUUUAUGGACCGGAAAGAGAUGCAGGAAUUAAAUUAUAUUGGUUCAAGAUGGAAAGCAGAUCUCUUAUUUAAGAUGAUAAACUAUUGCAUAGGCUUUUAAGAUCUAACUUCACAUCAUGUGCUUUCAGAUCCUGGUUUAGUUCUGUUUAAGAUUUCAAGGUGAAAUGUU